AUGGCGGGCAUGGGCGAUGGAUACGUGGGCACGGCGGCGGACUCGGCGCGGAUUCGGCGGCUGGAGAAGCAGCGGGAGGAGGAGCAGGCGAAGAUGGAGGAGCUGCGCAAGAAGUCGUCGCAGGGCCUGCAGGGGCUGCUGCAGUUCGGCACCGCCACGUCCGAGACGCUAGAGACGGCGUUCAAGAAGCAGACGGUGGGGCUCGUGACGCGCGAGCAGUUCGUUGAGAAGAGGGCAACGCUGAGGAGCAAGAUGGAGGAGGAGGAGCGAGAGGCCAAGCAGCGCCACGCAGACGACGAGGAGGAGAAGCAGAUGGAGAAGCGGCGGCGGCGCAGAGCAGCAGCGCCCACGGCCAAGCUCUCGUUCCUCGACGACCUGCAGGACGAGGAGGAGGAGGAGGAUGGGGAGGAGGACGGGGAGGCAGCGCCCACGGCCAAGCUCUCGUUCCUGGAUGACCUGCAGGACGAGGAGGAGGAGGGGGAGGGGGAGGACGGGGAUGGGGAUGGGGAGAAGGAGAAGGGGAGGGAGCAGGAGGAUAGAGCAGCAGGGAACGGGGCGAGCAGGGGCGGCGGGGGGGCAGCAGGGGAGGUGCGGAAGAAGGCGAGGAUGAGCAAGUUCGGCAAGAACCCUUCCGUUGAGACCGGCUUCCUGCCCGACAGGUGCGGUGCGCGCAGAGGGGAAGGCGGAGGAGAGGGCAGUGAGGGGGCGCGGUUGCCGAGCAGGAGGGUGGUCCUUGCCUAUGAGAGAGGGGGGGCAGUGGUGAGUGCAGGGGUGAGGGCAGUGGUGAGUGCAGGGGUGAGGGCAGUGGUGAGUGCAGGGGUGAGGGCAGUGGUGAGUGCAGGGGUGAGGGCAGUGGUGAGUGCAGGGGUGGGGGCAGUGGUGAGUGCAGGGGUGAGGGCAGUGGUGAGUGCAGGGGUGGGGGCAGUGGUGAGUGCAGGGGUGGGGGCAGUGGUGAGUGCAGGGGUGGGGGCAGGGAGGAGGGCAGGGGGAAGGGCAAAGGUGGGCUACACGUGGUGGUCGAGUUUUGAGACGUCUCAGCACACGGGUGCAAUGCCUCUUUACCCACUACACACAUGCCCUUCUUCUAGCCUCUCCCCCCUGCCCCACCUCCCUUCUCCCCCCUGCCCCCCCUGCCCCACCUCCCUUCUCCCCCCUGCCCCACCUCCCUUCUCCCCCCUGCCCCACCUCCCUUCUCCCCCCUGCCCCACCUCCCUUCUCCCCCCUGCCCCACCUCCCUUCUCCCCCCUGCCCCACCUCCCUUCUCCCCCCUGCCCCACUGACCCGCCCUCCUCCCCUGCGCCCACCACUUUCUCCUGGCGAAGCUGCAUUUCACCAUCCUCCCUCUGCGUCAUCUCAUCCCCAUGCCCCCCCUUCCCCUACCUACCCCCUUUCCAACCCAUCGACCAAUCAGACGAGCCGUUGGAGAUCACAUACAGUUUCUGGGAUGGAGCGGGGCACAGGCGAGUGAUCAAGGUGCGCAAGGGCGACAGCAUAGCGGACUUCCUACGUGCAGUGCAGCAGCAGCUGGCGCCCGACUUCAGGGAGGUGCGGUCGGCGUCCGUGGAGGGGCUCGUGUACAUCAAGGAGGAUCUCAUCAUCCCGCAUCAAUACACGUUCUACGAGCUCAUAGUGAACAAGGCGCGCGGGAAGAGUGGUCCGCUGUUCCACUUCGACGUGCACGAUGACAUUCGCACGACAGGAGAUGCCACCAUUGAGAAGGACGAGUCGCACGCAGGCAAGGUGGUGGAGAGGCACUGGUACGACAAGAACAAGCACAUCUUCCCCGCCUCGCGAUGGGAGGCCUAUGGCACUGGGGCAAGAGCAGCACGGCAGCAAGCCCCUGGCGGUGCUGAUUGA